AUGUCUCCGAUGUCGUUACCAUCCUGCAUGUACUCCAGCGAGCCAGCCAGCAGCAACUCCGAGGACUGUCCUACCAGUGUCAAACAGAUGGAUAUGAUGCUAAUAAAAGAGGAGCAGUUACCACCAAACUUUGGAACGAGCGGGGUAAACGAAGCAUGCCUGUAUCAACAUCGCAACCCACCAAACUACAUGGACGCGGUGUACCAAAAUGGCGCCUGCGCCUACCAAACCCCGCAGAACAUACCAGUGUUCCUCAACACCGGCUACAGCACCAACCGAGCCCAAAACGUCAACGGCGUGGUCAAACGCAAGAGAGUCCGGACAGCCUUUACCACGAACCAGCUUCAAGACCUAGAAGACCAGUACAGAAUCAACAGAUACCUCGAGCGCGGCACCCGCAUCUUCCUCUCGCGGAAACUCAACGUGAGCGAGAGGGUGAUAAAAAUAUGGUUCCAGAACAGGCGGAUGAAAGAGAAAAAAGAUCGGUCGGAGUGCCAGAUCGUGGAUUCCUGCACCCUUCCCGCGGCGUCGUCGAGCACCCAGGAUUAUGAGCCUCCUUUCCCGGCGUACAACAUUCUCCCUCAAGCUAUCAAUACCAGUGGGCUGAUGAACUGUGAUAGCUUCAUUUACGACCAAAACCAGGCUGUGAACAUUGGAAUAGCGCCCAUGAUGGUAGAGCAGCACGGCCUCAUGCCAAGGUCUGCGGAACCUCCUACCGCAACCGAAGCGGUACAUUACAACAGAUAUCCCCAUAACAUGCCACCGCCGUAUGAAAGCGAAGUCAGCUCCACCGUCUUCAGUGAUUUCACCCAGUACUGUGACGCUUAUAAUAAUGAAUAA